UUUUGUUUUUACACGUGACAGAGAAACACUCAACGGUAAGCACAUCGGUCUGCGGCGUUUUACCACAACAAUACUUCUGCUGCAGGUCUUUUUGGACAACCUACUCUCCGUCAUGUCUGUAGUCACAUCCAGUCUGUCUAAAGAUCAGCAGAAGAAGCUGCUCUCUCUCCUGGGUCAUGUCAGACUCCAUCUGCUCUACAAAGCCAGUGUCCACGACUUCACCGCUGCUGCUUUCCACAAUCGCUGUGACAAACAGGGGCCCACUGUCAUCGUCGCCUACAACGCCGCUGGAUUUGUCUUCGGGGCGUACACCUCGAAGGACUACGCCCAGAGCGGAGAGGCCGUGAAGGACGGGGAUGCUUUCCUCUACAGCGUCAAUGAGAAAGAAAACAGACCACUGAGGGUGGCAGGUAUCACCGGACAGUGUGCUUUCAAAGAUGAAGCCACUGGCCCGAAUUAUGGUGGCUUGGUGUUCCUGCAUGAUGACAAACCUGAGUUCCAGUCCAACCCAGGGACGAGCUUCAACUUUCAGGCUGCGGCGAUGCACGGAGGCGAUUUGAAACUGACCGAGUUUGAAGUGUAUCGAGUUGAAGGUUUUGGAGAUCUUCUGCCCAAACCCUGGAGGAACAUCCAGUGGACUGCCGAGAGAAAGCAGCAGUUGAUGAACGCCAUCCAGAACUAUAAGCCUGACAUUAAAUCAGUUCAUCAAGCCCGGGUGUUGUUGGUGGGACCCGUUGGAGCUGGGAAGUCCAGCUUCUUCAACGCCAUAAACUCGGUGUUUCGAGGCAACAUGACAUCCCAGGCUAUUGCUGGUACUGCGGACAAGAGUGUGACCACUCAGUUCCGCACCUACACCAUCAAGGCAGGGAAAGGCGGUGGAGCUGUUCCUCUGAUCCUGUGUGAUACAAUGGGACUGGAGGAAAAGCCUGAUGCUGGUUUGGACAUUGAGGACUUAGUCAACAUCUACAAGGGUCACGUGAAGGAUCGCUACCAGUUCAGUCCCUCCACUCCUCUCCUAGCGGACGCCCCAGGCUUUAAGCAGCAAGUGACUCUGAACGACAGUAUUCACUGUGUGGUUUAUGUGGUGGACACCUGCAAGGUCUCUCUCCUCACACAAAAAAUGCUGGACAAGUUCGCUUCCAUCCGGAAAAAGACCAAUCAGCUGGGACUUCCUCAGAUUCUGCUGAUGACUAAAGUAGAUGAGGCCUGUCCGCUGGUGGCAGAAGACAUAAAGAAUGUUUAUCGCAGUGUUUACAUCCAGACAAAGGCCCGGGAGUUGAGUGAGUCUCUGGGCAUCCCCUUGUCCUGUGUGCUGCCUGUAAAGAACUACAGUGAAGAGCUGGACCUGGACCAGGAAACUGACAUACUGCUGUUGGCAGCUGUGCAGCACAUGCUGAACUUUGCAGACAGCUUCUUUGAGAACCAAGUUCUCGAGGACCAAGAGACGAAUGAUCAGCUGGAGCUCUACAGAUCCAGUGAUCAUCAGCGCCCAGUUUUAUCAGGGAAAACUAAACAUCAGGUUGCUUGAAAGACAAAACAUCAGCAUUUGAAAAAAAAUUAAUUAACUCAAAAUAACAAGUCAGGUAGUUACAUAGCAGUGCAACAACAACUACAGACAAAUGUCUUGGUGACUUAUGAUAAUCCUUAACCCUUGUGGGCACUUCACACUAUAGAGUAUUAAUCAUCACCAGAUGGAGUGAAGAUCAUGUGAUAGUGUGAUCAAAAGCUCCAGAAUGGAAAUUGAGGGGUCGUUAUUUUGUGGACUUCCUUUUCCAAGAUCGAGAUUGUUGUUAACCUUGAGUUUCAAAUGUCUGGAAACAUUUGCAAACUACAUUUAUUCAUACAUUUUUGCUGUAAUUUAGGUGACUCCAACAAACCUUCAGUAAUUGAAUUCUUACACAAAAUGCAUGCAUACUUAUAUUCACUGUUACAAACUGUUUUUGUGGGGUUUCUAUAGUCACAAAAUAUGAAAUAAAUGGAAAUAAACUGGAAAA